GGACGCUCAGGGAAAUGAGAUCCCGCAGCUCGACUGGGUGGAAGGUGUUGCUAUUGUUGUGGCUAUUGCCAUUGUCACUAUUGUCGGCUCAGCCAACGAUUACCAAAAGGAACGCCAAUUCGUCAAGCUCAACAAAAAGAAAGAAGACCGCAAAGUCACCGUCAUUCGAUCUGGAAAAAUUGUCCGCAUUUCUGUGUACGACGUUGUUGUUGGCGAUGUCAUGCAAUUCGAGCCAGGAGAUGUCUUGCCCGUCGAUGGAGUCUUGAUUGCUGGUCACAACGUCAAGUGCGAUGAAUCUGCAGCAACAGGCGAAUCCGAUACGCUCAAGAAAAUUCCUGGACAAGAGGCGCUCGACAGCACGGAUGCUGGUGAAGCCUUCUCCAAGAAGGCCGACCCAUUCAUGCUCUCUGGUGCAAAAGUCAGUGAAGGUGUCGGUACUUUUCUCGUCACAUCCGUGGGUAUCCACUCCUUCAAUGGUAAAACAAUGAUGGCCCUGCAAACCGAGACUGAAGACACACCGCUCCAGCAGAAACUCAACGUCGUGGCCACAACCAUUGCCAAGCUCGGUGGUGCUGCUGCACUGCUCCUGUUUGUUGUGUCCUUUAUCGAAUACCUCGUUCGUCUUCGCAGCAACAACGGUACACCCUCGCAAAAGGGACAGGAAUUCCUGGACCUCUUCAUCAUUGCCGUUACCGUCAUUGUCGUUGCCAUCCCAGAAGGUCUGCCACUCGCUGUUACCCUUGCACUUGCCUUUGCCACUACGCGCAUGCUGAAGGACAACAACCUCGUUCGUAUCCUCAAGUCUUGCGAAACCAUGGGCAAUGCCACCACCAUUUGUUCCGACAAGACGGGCACCCUCACGCAAAACAGCAUGACGGUGGUGGCUGGUACACUUUCGCUCAAUCACAGUUUCACACACUCUGUGGAUGAUGCGCCUGAACCCACGGGCGACUUGUUGGCUGGGGAAAAGGCAGAGGCGGACGCACAACUCGCUAUCCAAGCAGAGCGCGAUGUUGCGCGUCAUUUGGGUGGCAAUUCAAUGCCUAUUACCAAAUUCGCCACAAAGCUCGGUGCUGCGGUGAAGGAUGUCUUGCUCAAGGGUAUCGCCAUCAACUCGACUGCCUUUGAAGGUGUGGAUGAACACGGCAAGCAAGGGUUCGUUGGAUCCAAAACGGAAACGGCUUUGCUUGAAUUUGCAAAACUGCAUCUCGGCAUGGAGCCCGUGUCUACUGUUCGCGCCAACCAUCCGACCGUCCAUUUGAUUCCCUUUAGCUCUGAGAAGAAGUGCAUGGGCGCUGUGAGCAAGCUUGACGAUGGUUCCUUCCGUCUCUACUUGAAAGGUGCCUCGGAAAUCAUCCUUCGAUACUGUUCAGACGUCAUUCAAGAUCCCUUUAUUGACGACAGCAAGAUCAUCACUCAACCACUGCAGUCUGAUGAUCGCGAGAAGCUCGAAGGCACAAUCAGCCGAUAUGCCAACGAGUCUUUGCGUACAAUUGGUCUGGGAUACAAGGAUUUCGCACAGUGGCCACCUGCAGGUCUUCGCCCUUCAAGCGACGGCUCCCUCAAUUUGGAUGACCUCUUCACUGGUUUCACACUCAUUGGUAUUGUUGGUAUUCAGGACCCCUUGCGACCUGGUGUCAAGCAGGCUGUGCUUGAUUGCCAAGGCGCUGGUGUCGUGGUGCGUAUGGUGACGGGCGACAAUCUCAUCACUGCGCGCGCGAUUGCCACUGAAUGCGGCAUUUACAAUGAAGCAGCUGGUGGGAUCAUCAUGGAAGGUCCUCAAUUCAGGCGUCUCGGUCAUACGGAAAUGGAUCACAUCAUUCCCAGGUUGCAGGUGCUUGCGCGCUCGUCUCCAGAGGAUAAGCAGAUUCUUGUGCGUCGACUCAAGCAGCUUGGUGAGACGGUUGCCGUGACGGGUGAUGGCACAAACGAUGGUCCUGCCCUCAAGAUGGCUGAUGUUGGUUUCUCCAUGGGUAUUGCCGGUACGGAAGUAGCCAAGGAGGCUUCUGCCAUUAUUCUCAUGGACGAUAACUUUUCCUCGAUUGUCAAGGCAAUGGCGUGGGGUCGUGCAGUCAAUGAUGCUGUCAAGAAGUUCUUGCAAUUCCAAAUCACCGUCAACAUUACGGCUGUGCUGCUCACCUUCAUCUCCGUUGUCUCCGGCAGUGACUCGUCGUCUGUGCUGACGGCUGUGCAACUGCUCUGGGUUAAUUUGAUCAUGGACACACUCGCUGCUUUGGCUCUUGCAACAGAUCCCCCAACCGAUACUAUCCUGAAGCGCAAGCCUGCCAAGAAGUCUGAUAACCUCAUCACGUUUGAUAUGUGGAAGAUGAUUAUUGGUCAGGCCAUCUACCAACUCACCAUCACCCUCAUCCUAUACUACGCCGGAACGGGCAUCUUUGGUUGGGAUGAGAACCGGACUGCUAUCCAAGCCAAGCAAAUCAACCAGACCGUUGUAUUCAAUGCCUUUGUUUGGUGUCAAAUCUUCAACCAACUCAAUAACAGGCGGCUGGACAACAAGUUGAAUGUGUUUGAAGGUAUCACUCGCAACUGGUUCUACUGGAUCAUCAACCUUGUUAUGAUUGGUGGUCAGAUCAUGAUUAUCUUUGUGGGUGGACGUGCCUUUAGCGUUGUGCGCAUCAGUGGUACAGACUGGGCCAUCUCCAUUAUUGUGGGUCUCAUCUCGAUUCCUGUGGCCAUCAUCAUUCGUCUGAUUCCCAACGAUGCCAUUCGGCCCUUCAUCCCUGCCUUCAUCCUCAACUGGGACAAACGCCGCCCGAUUGACAUCUCAGACGAGGAGCGUGCAGAGUGGAACCCUGCCGUCAACCAAGUCCGCGAUGAACUUGCCUUUAUCCGCAAUAUCCGUUCGAGCAGACGUAUUGGCAACCUGGGUAUCCAUGCAAAGAGAAAGCAAACGGCCAAGUACUUUGGUGGCAACAAGGAUCAACACAAGCGUGCUGCCUCUGGCUCUGUGGCUGCUGCGUUGUUGCUGCCGUCGUUUGUGGCGACUGGACCGGCUGGCUUUGGGCCGCCGUCGUCGCCUGCGCCGAGCCAGAGCGGAUAUGCUGGCUCGACCCGGUCAUCGACCAAGAAGUAGGAUUAUUGGUGCCUGUGUGCAAAUGAGGGGAUUCAAAGCCAGUG